UUUGUCUCGAUUAAAUUUGAAGGAAGUGAAGUUUGUUCUGACUAUAAAUCGAUACUUUAAAACGAGUUAAGACAGAAAGCUAUAGAAUAUUUGCAUGCAACAAAUUUUUGAAGGAAGUUGGCUGCUUUUAUUUGAAAAUCGAACUUGAGCUGUGGGUCACACGUCAGCCUUGGCUGGACACGAGGCAGAAGUAGGCCUAGCCCACCUCCACAGAAACAAGUCGUCUGGAAUUAAUGAAAUUGGACACAUUGUCUUAGAGGAAGUAUUGAUUUAAAAAGAGUCCGGUAAGUCAAGACAGCUGAAGACUGCAAGCACACUGUUCCAAAGAAAUCAGACGUGACGAACUAGAGAUGCCUCUGACGGAAUCAUCAGAGAUCAAAUUCUCCUUGUUUUUCUUAUUGGCAUUCUCCUGUUGCGUUUCAAAUUCUCUUCGAUGCCCUAAGAGAUCAUCCAGUGAAAAAGAUAUCUACAAAGUCAAUGAAAGACUGAACAAGAUCACUAGUGAUUUAAGUGAUAAGAAUUUUGUGUCAGAAGAUCAUAAACACACAAGAGAAGGAUCAAGUGAUACUGAUGUUUAUGACUAUACAUUGCAGUUAUGCACAACAGAUGAUAAGUAUGGUGCAGUGUACCAAAUAGAUAAAACUCAAAACAAGAAGACCUUGCUUGGAAUGAGUAAUGCAUCCUUUGCCCUCGGAGGAACCAAUCUUAUAUUAAUCGUUUUCAAAGAUGGAAAACAAUACAAUAGUUUCUGUGAUAAGCAAAAGAGAGAGGCAUGGCUACAAAUUGUUUGUGAUAAAUCUGGCAAAAAGCCCCAAUUUAAAGUUAUUGAGGAAAGUCGUUGGAAGAAUGGGUCACCAAAGAAAGGAUGCUAUUAUUUGUUUGAAUUAAAUCACAAGGAUGCUUGUUCUCCAGAGGAAAGCAAAGGAUUAGGCGGAGGAGCUAUAUUUAUGAUAGUAAUGGUCUCUUUAUUUGCGGCAUACCUUGGUUUUGGAUUUUUGUAUCAGAGAUUUGUGAGAGGUGCCAAAGGUGUAGAACAGAUGCCUAAUUACACCUUCUGGAGGGCAUUCGGAAACUUAACAGCUGAUGGUUGCGACUUUGUGUGCAGACGACCUGACCACCCUGCAAGUCAUUACAAGGGCAUGGCAGACGCAUUAGAUAUCGAUACAAGUGAUGACGAAAAAGACGAUCAUUUGCUUCCAAUGUGACGCACCUCAAUUGCGAUGCAGCUCCUUAGAUAAGAAUCAGCUCCUUGAUGUAUCGCAAAUAUUUUUCUAAUUGGGAAAAGCGAUUCUCUGAUUCCCAACAGAAAAGAAAGGACACGUUGCAAAGAUUUGUUGAUUUUUUUUGUCUUAAUUUUCAUUAAUGAUAUAUGCUUUUGGUGGA